UAGAAUUAUCAGUCAGCAGUCUGAAGCUCGACAAUCGAGACCAAUCUAGAUGCAGUCUACCUUACUUUGCGGCUUGCUCCUCUUCCUCAUCGGAGCUUCUUUGGCCCAUCCGAUGCCCGACGAUAUGACCAUGAAGCCGACAGCACCACCCAAGUAUCCUCUCAAUCUUGAGGGAGGCGGUGGGGGCCAGAGAGGCGAUGGACUCGGCUUUCGUGUUCGGGGGCACGAGAAACUUUGGACCAGCGACAAUGGACGCCACGAGAUCGGUGUAAAUGGAGAAUACGGUCAGCGCUUGGGCGGUCGAUAUGGAACCUCACAACCAUCCUGGAAUGUCGGAACUACGUACACCUAUAGAUUUCCAAAUUUCUAAAAUAUAUUUUAAAUGUAUGUACUUAUACACCUGUCCAUAGAAUUUUUGAAUCUCAAUUGCUAUCAAAAUCUGAUCCUAAAAUCCAUACCCACUUUGUUUGUCAAGAAUAUUGCGAAAUAAAUGUAUACCCGAAUAAUAA